GGCGGGGGAGAAACCUCCAGUGACAAUUGCGUCUGGGUCCAGGCAAACAUGAGGCAGCUGCCAGCCCGACUAGGCAGUCUGGCUUGUUCGGGCUGCAAAGCGGGAAGGCUAGUGACAGUCCCCUUCAGCAGCCGAGAUGCAGAGGGCCAAGGAAGCAAUGAAGGCAACAGAUGGCAGCCUCCUCGGAGACCCUGGGCGCAUACCACUGAGCAAAAGGGAGGGCAUCAAGUGGCAGAGGCCACGGUUCACCCGCCAGGCCCUGAUGCGAUGCUGUUUAAUCAAGUGGAUACUGUCCAGCGCUGCCCCGCAAGGCUCAGACAGCAGUGACAGUGAAUUGGAGUUGUCCACUGUGCGUCACCAGCCCGAAGGCUUGGACCAGCUGCAGGCCCUAACCAAGUUCACCAAGAAGGAGCUGCAGUCCCUUUACCGAGGCUUCAAGAAUGAGUGUCCCACAGGCCUGGUGGAUGAAGAGACCUUCAAAGUCAUUUACUCACAGUUCUUCCCCCAGGGAGAUGCCACCACCUACGCACACUUCCUCUUCAAUGCCUUUGAUGCUGAUGGGAACGGGGCCAUCCACUUUGAGGACUUCGUCGUUGGGCUCUCCAUCCUGCUCCGAGGGACAGUCCAUGAGAAGCUCAAGUGGGCCUUCAAUCUCUAUGACAUUAACAAGGAUGGUUACAUCACCAAAGAGGAGAUGCUGGCCAUCAUGAAAUCCAUCUACGACAUGAUGGGCCGACACACCCACCCCAUCCUGCGAGAAGAUGCACCUCUGGAGCAUGUGGAGAGGUUCUUCCAGAAGAUGGACAGGAACCAGGAUGGAGUGGUGACCAUUGACGAGUUUCUGGAGACCUGUCAGAAGGACGAGAACAUCAUGAGUUCCAUGCAGCUGUUUGAGAAUGUCAUCUAGGACACAUGGGUGUGUCAUCGCUUCUCAGCCUGGAGAAGCCUCAAUCCUGCCUCACAUGAGCAGCCUCUAUGAGAAACAUUUUUCUAACAUAUUUGCAAACA